UAACCAUAUUUAAUUAAAAUUGCGUAAUAUUAAGUCGUAAUCAUAUUUUAAUCAGCUGAAAUUUUACUGAGAGUUGAAUCUGUAUAUAACAAUUCAGAAUUAAACAAAUAAUAAAUCUGUGAUAGUUAUAGUUCUUGUAUAUAAAACCAGCAUCAGUAUUAAAAUAUAGUAAUAGUUUGUUAAAAAUAAAAAUUUAAAGAGCGUUAAUAUGCUAUAGAUGCAAUACUUAUAAGUUAUCUAAGAUAAAACUAGAGUUUAUAAUUAUUGCAACUUAUAAGUAUUGCAUCGACAUUAAGAUGAAUAGCCAAUAUUUUAAAAAUAACUCUUUAACUCAAGAGCAGCAACCCUACGUUUAUCACGGGCGUUUUGUCACAAUCGGUAUAGGCGCAUAAAACCACGCGGUCCACGGCGCGCGCCCCAUUCGCUCACAGACCGCCGCGCGCGCAACAUCAAUGAUCCUACCCGCUCGCGCCAUGUCGCCACACGGCGUCUACCAUCCCCCUGCGCAUCCUCACGAAGAAGAACCCGUCUCUAGGACAUACCAGUACAGAAAAGUUAUGAAACCAAUGCUCGAGAGAAAAAGGAGAGCCCGCAUCAACCGAUGCCUCGACGAACUCAAAGAACUUAUGGUCACCGCUUUGCAAGCUGAAGGAGAAAAUGUCUCGAAGUUAGAAAAGGCUGACAUUUUAGAACUGACAGUUCGCCAUCUUCACAGCCUUAAGCGUAGAGGACAGUUAGUGUUGAAACCCGAAAUGUCAUAUGCGGAGCGAUUCCGUGCCGGAUUUACUCAGUGUGCAACAGAAGUGUCACAAUUCAUUGCGAAUGCUACGUUAGCGGCGAACGCGAUGCAGCGUCAAGGGCCUGUGGAUCCUCAAGCUGGUGCGAGGCUGUUGCAGCACUUGAGUAAUUGUAUCAGGAGAUUGGAGAGUACUCAGGUCCAACCGCCGGUGCCCAAUGGCGUGGCAAGGCCAACGCCGUUGCAACCGAUUGCACCUGCACCUCCACCACAGCCGAUUCCUCAAGUUAUACCUCAACAACCGGUUCAAAGGACUUCGUUACCAGAACGAGGUUUAAAGCGGUCAGCGGAACCGCUAGACGCCGAAGCGACGCUCGCUAAGCGCGCGUACGCACCGCCUUCACCGCCACACAGCCCCGCCUCCGAAACCACCGACUCCGCCCAGUCGAUGUGGAGGCCCUGGUGACUGCUCUUGGUUUUGUGAUCUCGUCCUAAUAUUAAACAUUUGAACAUCGUAUGAAGCCGCAAUGUGACAGUGAUAAAACUUUUUCAAUAAGACCUGUGAUUUGGCGGCUGUAACUGUUACUGCGUGUGUGUGAAUAGACAUUGUUUUAUUUAAACGUUCCUAGAACCAAUGUGUAUUAAAUCGUUGCAUGAGUUUUACUCGCUUUGCUUGUUGAAGUUUGUUUUUCUUUUUCUAAUUUAAAAAUAAAAUAAUGUUUCUUUUUUGUUUUCAUCUAUUCUGUUAUUUGACAUUCCUAACUUCAACGUCUUUCGCAUCGAAUAGUAUAAGAUUAAAAGUUAUCAUAAUGUAGGUAGUUAGUUAGCACCUAAGAUAAAGCUGUGAUAUAACGUUUUAGUUGUCAAAGUUAUUGUUACAUUACUAUCGUAUAAGCUAAGAUGAGAUAUCGGAAUAUUGCAAAAAUAUAACGUAUAAUAAAAAAAAUAUUUGUAAUUUAAGUUUGUUUUAAAUUUUCUUAUCCUUCCAAUCAUAAUAUUUGAAAAAAGAAACUGCAGAAAUAAUCUUGUCACAAAUCUCAUUUCCUUACUUCUUUUCGUUUCUUGAGAAAAUAUUGAUUUAAUUA